CAUGUCACCUAGAGUCUCCAACCAGUGUAAUUUGAAAUAAAUAAAGUAUGAAUAAGAAAAUGAGUAACACUACAUUUAAAUAGUGUAUGUAGUGAGUCUACCAUUACAACGUUUUGAAAUCUAAAUUGCUACAGAAUGUACUAAGGAUUACAAAAGUAAAUAUGGUUUAACAAUAGUGACUAUCCAGAAAAUUACAUUCCUAUAGGUAAUACUGUUUAGAGUAAUCAUUUGUAAUGUAAACAAUCACCAUUUGUUAAUAAUGACUUCAACAUAAUAUAACAAGAUAAAUUCUUAAAAUGUAUUAGUUUUGCUAAGUCUCAUAUCUUUACUUUCUAGAUGUAUGCUUCUAUUGAAUGUAAAUAAAUAGACAUAGACUAGAAAGCAUAUAUAAUAAAUAUAACCUUGAAAUGUAUGAAACAAUUUGAAAAUAAAUAUUAUAAAUUAGCUGGCAAGAGUGAAUGCUUGACGACAAUCAUAAUAAUAGAACAUGAAGUUAUGUUUAUUCAUAUUUUUCCAUAAUAAUAUUUUGGAUUAGAUAGUACAUGUAUACUUCGCUUUAUCAAAAUAAAUAAACCCUUUGUUUUAAUAUGAUUCAGGAAAAGUGUAUCCACAUAUAAAUUCAACUUAGUAUUGUAUGUUUGAAUCUUCCCAUUGAUUUGUUAGGACUGCCAUCUGCUAAUCGUAUCCACAUAUAGUUUCAUGAAUUACGUCAAACAAUAUAACAUGUACUAGAUCCGAAUAUGGUAUAUCUCUGAAAGAAAGAAAUUCAACAUAUACUAUAAUAAAUCAAGUAAUAUUGAUUUUCUGUUCAUAUUACUAGGAAUGAUAUUGUUGAAAUAUGCACCGGAAGAUAGGAAUUUGUAAAAAACAAAAUAGAACAAUGAUGGCAAAAUAUUUUGUUAUUGAACUUACUGUACAGUAAGAAUGUUGAUGUAAACAUUUGGGUAAUCAUUUUAGUACAUUUUAGUACAGUUGCAAUUUAGAUCAUUUAUCCGAUGAUCAGAUAUGAAACUUGUGAAAAAAAGAAAUCUUUCUCCUGUUACUGUGAAAAUGAGAAAUUCAAUGGAGCUAAUUUAGUCGUUUGACUUCCACAAAUCAUUUCUUCACUGAUUGCGUUUUUCGAAGUUCAUGAUUAUGCUCCAUAAUCCGUUAAUAUUUGUUUUUCUCAAUCAAAUUUUGUCUUUUAUCUUUUCUCAACACUUACCGAAUAGUUUAAUUAAAGAAGAAUGUAAUUUGAACAAAAGUGUAACAUUGAAAAGUAAUAGUUUAGAGACUGAAAUACAAAAUUUAUUAUCCACUUAUGUUCGUACUGAACGACCUAGAAAUUUACAAAUGAUUAAAACAAACAAUAGUUCACAAGAGGCAACUAAUUAUACCACAUACAAUGGACCAUUAAUUGUAGAAGUUAAUACAUUUAUACAUAGUUUCAGUUCAGUUAGUGUAGUUAAUAUGGAUUUUACAGUUGACUUUAUGUUGCGUCAACGAUGGUUAGAUACGAGACUGAAAUUUUCUGCUGGCCAUAAGUUUACUAAACUGCCGAUUUCCUACGCCAAAAAUCAAAUUUGGAUCCCGGAUUUGUUUUUUCGUAAUGCUAAACAUGGAUUUUUACAUGAUAUGACCACACCAAACUAUUUAAUUUGGCUUGAUUCAAAUGGUUUGAUCACAUUCAGUCAGAAAAUAUCCAUGAAAUUAUCAUGUCAUAUGACUUUGCAUACAUUUCCAUUUGAUUCACAACACUGUACAAUCAAUAUCGGUAGUUAUGGAUAUUCAAAAAGUGAUUUAGAAUUUCGUUGGUGGAAUACGGAUGGAUAUGAUCAGUUUGGUCUAAUACCUACAACAAAUCAAUCAAGAUCUAUGGCUGUACAAAUACGGUCUGGAUUAGAAAUUAAUGAAUUUGAUUUAUUAUCUUAUGAUACAAGUUAUUGCAAAAUGGAAUACUCCACUACUGGUCGAUUCUCCUGUAUUGAAGCUGUAUUUCAUUUAAAGAGACGAUUUGGCUUUUAUCUUAUUUAUGCUUAUUUACCUUCUCUUCUUUUAGUUGUUAUUGCAUGGUUAUCAUUUUUUGUAGAUUAUGAAGCUGUACCAGCUCGUAUAUCCAUUGGACUUUUGUGUGUUUUAGCAUUAAUCACACAAAGUGCAGCUAUAUUAACCCAAGUACCACGAGUAUCAUAUAUUAAAGGAAUUGAUAUUUGGUUAUUUGUAUGUUUAGCAUUCGUUGUUAGCUCAUUACUUGAAUUUGCUAUUGCAAAUUCUCUAGCUAGACGAAGAUCAAAAUCAGGUGUUCCAAAUUCAAUAAACCAUAUCAGUAACGAUUGCAUGGUCUUAACAACAUCUGAUGAACUAUUAGAAUUUCUUCAAAAAUACAUUCAUAAAAUAAAAAAUAAUGACGAUCAAUCAGACGAAAAAACAUUAGAAAAUAAUAACGACUUAUGCAGACCUCAUACAAAUAGUUCUCCAACAAAUACAUCAGUAAAAUCAAUGAUUCCAAACUUAUAUCUACCAUUGAAUAAACAAAAAGAGAUUAAAGUCGUUGAUGAGAAUCAUCAAGUAUUAAAAGGUAAACAUCAUGAUAAAUCCUUUUUAUUAGAUCGUAUAUGGUCUAUUAUUUAUCCUAUACUAUUUGCUAUAUUCAAUGGAAUUUAUUGGAUAUAUUUUCUGAAAUAUCAAUAAAUUUUAAUUCUGUUAAAAUAAUUUAAUCAUUUAUGGUACAUCUUCGCUAUUUCAUUAAAGAAAAACCCUUCUCACUCACUCUCUCUCUCUAGAUAUACAUAGUAACAUGUGCAUAGUGAUUACUCUAUUCUUUAUUUGUAAAUAUCAUUUAACGUUACUAGGGAUUAAUUUUUAAAAAAAUUAUUUGAUUAUUACUUUAAAAAAAUUUAUUUUAUUUAUGUCAUUUAGUUUAAUUGGAAUAUAGUUGGUAAACAAUAUAACAAUAAAUUUGGUUGUUUACAUAUUAGUGCAAUGCUACAUUAAUAUUAUAAAUGUUCGACAGAGUAAAAGCAAACUUUUCUUAACUAUUCUAUCUUACAAGAGGCAUAAUUAUUACAGUAAAAUUUGAUUGUAUGAGAUAAACAUUGUUUUAAUGGUUUGGAUUAU